AGGAGAGACGAGCACUGAAUGGUGUGAGAGUGAGUGGAGGACUUAAAAAAGUCUGUAAAGAAAGAGAGGUUCCUCUCCAACGUCAAUUUCUGUCAAAGAAGUAACAAAGCUUUGCGGUGGAGAGAUGUCAAACAGCGAGGAAGAUGCGGUUGAGACGGAGUAAACAGCUACCGGACAGUUAGCGAAAGAACUUGUUAAAAGAGAGAGAGAAAGGCUUUUCGGCUAGCUCGAGUCGAGACGGUUGGCCGUUUUCCGCCGCAACUUGGGUAGAUUUCAGCGGUGCUAGUCGCGACACGAGAAGCGAGGACCAACAGCGAGGUCUUGACCGCUCGGCUCGGUGGAAAGCGAGCCGUUUGGUCGUCUGGCUGAUAGCCGGGGAAACGGACCGAGAGAGCGCGGCGGCCGGAGAAAGGAGCCGCUGAAGCACCAGCGACAAAAGUUUCCCGUGUAUCUUCACCUACUUUUCCAGAUUGGGAACUCGAGGGGGAGGAAGAGGCCGAGAGACUGACUUUUCUUUCCACAAGCAACUUUGUGGAAUUCAUCGCAUUUAGCAACUUUACCCGCUUGCGGUCUUGCUAAGUAGCUACAGCAGAGAGAAUGAAAACACCUGGGGACAGUGGGUUCGCCUUCCCAGAUUGGGCUUAUAAACCUGAGUCCAGCCCUGGGUCCCGGCAGAUCCAGCUGUGGCACUUCAUCCUGGAGCUGCUCAGAAAAGAAGAGUAUCAUGAUGUGAUAGCCUGGCAGGGCGACUACGGCGAGUUUGUCAUCAAGGACCCCGAUGAAGUGGCCCGGCUGUGGGGGGCCAGGAAGUGUAAACCCCAAAUGAACUAUGACAAGCUGAGCAGGGCACUGAGAUACUACUACAACAAAAGGAUCCUCCAUAAGACCAAAGGCAAGAGGUUCACCUAUAAGUUCAACUUCAAUAAACUGGUUUUGGUCAACUACCCCUUCAUCGACAUGGGCUCCACUGGAAGCAGUGUUCCUCAGAGCGCCCCUCCUGUCCCCACCGGUGCAGGGACUCACUUCCGCUUUCCUCCUUCAACUCCCUCAGAAGUCCUCUCCCCGAAUGAGGACCUGCGCAGCCCUGGUGGCAUGUUCAGCUCUGUGGCCCGGCGAAUGGCACGUGGCUCCGUCAGCGAUUGCAGUGACGGCACCUCAGUCAACUCUGAGAUUGAAGAGGGCAACACGGUAGCGGGAGAGGACAGGGGAGAGAGGGGUGUGAGUGGAGGAGGAGGACCUGGUGGUGGAGGAGGAGGUUACCGAAGUAUCAUCCAUCCCCGUCUGUCUCAUGAAACCCUGUUCCGCAUGUACGGAGGACCAGGUAACCCCGCUGGGCACCCAGGCUCCCGUGGCCCCACAGGGCACCGGAUUCACCCAGAGCCCCUGUCACCCUUCCCUGUGUCUCCUCUUCCUGGGCCGGGAGGAGCUGGCCUUCUAGCCCCUCCUCUGUCCCCAGCACUCUCCAUGACUCCGACAUCUCACCUCCCCUACACUCCCUCACCCACCCUGUCACCCAUGUUAGGCUCCCACUUCUCCUUCAACCCAGAGGACAUGAAGCGCUACCUGCAGGCCCACACCCAGUCAGUGUACAACUACGGCCUUAGCCCCAGAGCUUUCCUCCAGUACCCCAACAUCGUCAUCCCUCAGCCCCACCGACCUGCUGCCGACAAGGCUGGUCUGACCGGAGAGAGAGGCGAGAGAGCAGAAAGAGCAGCAACAGCAGGGGGAGGAGAGAGGGGAGGAGAGCGGCACCACCAUCCACCUCUGGCUCACUCCGCCCACCACCACCCGCAUCCGCCUCACUCUGCCCACCCUCACCCACAUUCUCAUCCUGUGCAUCACCCACUCCACCUUGGUGAGGAGCCCCCACACAUGUCUCCUUUCAAGUUCAAGCUGCAGCCACCACCACUGGGCAGGAAGCAGAGGGACAGUCAAAGCCAGAGCAAACCCAGGCAGAGCUCCAUGUCUUCAGGCUCAGGAUCUGGAUCCAUGUCGUCUACCUCUGGCCUUGGCUCUUCGCUGUCGUUCGGCAGUGACUUGAGCUCAGCCAGCGGCUCAGGCCUCAUCUCAGCCUCCUCCUCAACACAGUCCCUAAACAGUGCAGGACUUCCCAAGAUUAAGGUGGAGCCCAUCUCUGAUAUAGAGUCAGAGGAAGAGGUGGAGGUGACUGACAUUAGUGAUGAGGACCCAGAUGAGAGAGAUGAGGAGUUUGAGCUCUUCUCCCAUCGCCACUCUGGAGCCCCUGACCACCACCACCACCGCCUUGCUAAUGGCACAGGUGCCCCCCAACAUCACCCCCAUCCUGAUGAAGACCUGGAUGAGGAUGUCUUCAAAGCCCCUGCUCCACCUCCACCUGGCCUGAUGCCCUUCUUCACCUCACAGCACGCACACUCCAAUGCACAUCGCGGGCUGCACACCCUCAAGAGCGAACCCCUCGAUCCAGGGGAUGGUCACACACCCCCACCUCAGACAGGCUUGGCGGGGGCUCCCCAGACGAAGU